AUGGUAAUAAGUGAUGAAGGUCACUUCCGUGAAAGCCGCCGCCGCCGAAAUCCCUUCGGCCUCACAAAAUACUACACCGGCCACCUCCCCGGCGACACCCCCGGCAACCUCCCAGACCCCUACUUCUGGUGGGAAGCAGGCGCCAUGUUCGGCACCCUAAUCGACUACUGGCAGCUCACCGGCGACGACACCUACAACGACAUCACAAAGCAAGCCAUCCUCCACCAAGCCGCCCCCACCCGGGACUUCAUGCCCCGCAACCAAACCCGCACGCUGGGCAACGACGACCAAGGCUUCUGGGCCAUGACAGCCAUGACAGCCGCCGAGCUCAAAUUCCCCGACCCUGGCCCCGACCAACCCCAAUACCUCGCCCUCGCCCAAGCAGUCUUCAACCAAUGGGCCCAACGCUGGGAGGAAAACGAGUCCUCCGGCUGCGGCGGCGGCCUCCCCUGGCAAAUCUUCCGCUUCAACCGCGGCUUCAACUACCGCAACUCCAUCUCCAACGGCUGCUUCUUCAACAUCGCCUCCCGACUAGCUCGCUUCACGGGUAACGUCACCUACGCCGAGUGGGCAGCCAAGAUCUACACCUGGCAGGAAGAGACCGGCCUUUUUCGGGACGGUGACGUGCUAGACGGCGUGACGGUCAAGCCGGAGGAGGGCAACAGCUGUGACUCCAUCGACGAGAUCCAGUGGACGUACAACGCGGGCAUUUUCAUCCACGGGUCGGCGGUGAUGUAUAAUUUUACCGAUGGGAACCCGAUCUGGAAACGACGCCUCGACAGCCACUUGGCUUCCGCCGAGAGGACGUUCUUCACCAACAGCACCGAUGGGGAGAGGGUCAUGUUUGAACAGUUUUGUGAACCUCCGGGAUUUUGCGAUAUUGAUCAGCGGAGUUUCAAGGGGUAUCUCACUCGUUGGCUGGCGAGGACGACACAGCUGGCGCCUUAUACGUUCGAGUCCAUCUCCCCGCUUCUGACCAAUAGCGCUAUUGCAGCGGCGAAGGCCUGUUCGGGUUCGCCGACUGAGGCACCACCUGGGGAGCAACCCUUUCGUGGCAGGCCAGGGACGGCUGGGUCAGCUGGACAAAGGGGGGGUAUGACGGGAUGA